AGAAGUCUGAGAUGGAGAAAGAGUGAGAGCCGCCCACGAGCUCUGAGCAGAGAGCCCGCAGGAGUGCCACGUCCCAGCGGCCUCGGCCCCUCCCUGCCUCAGUUUCCCGUGGCAGCAAAGGGGGCGAGGGGCCCCUCCAGGCCUCUGGUGACGGGGGUGCUGUGCCCAGGCGGGGGUCCGGGGGCGACCGAGGGGGCUCAGGAAGUCCGCGGCCGCAGGAAUUCGGCGCCUCCAGGCCUUAUAAGGACAUUUGCGCUCCGGGCCAAUCAGCGGCGGGGGCGUGGCGCGCGGAGCCCGGCGCGUCCCAACCCCGCGCCAGACCGGCGGUCCCGUCCCGUCCCGUCCCGUCCGGCGCCGUCCCGCCGCCCGCCCGCCAGCCAUGAGCUCCACGCAGUUCAACAAGGGCCCCUCGUACGGGCUGUCGGCCGAGGUCAAGAACCGGCUCCUGUCCAAAUAUGACCCCCAGAAGGAGGCAGAGCUCCGCACCUGGAUCGAGGGACUCACCGGCCUCUCCAUCGGCCCCGACUUCCAGAAGGGCCUGAAGGAUGGAACUAUCUUAUGCACACUCAUGAACAAGCUACAGCCGGGCUCCGUCCCCAAGAUCAACCGCUCCAUGCAGAACUGGCACCAGCUAGAAAACCUGUCCAACUUCAUCAAGGCCAUGGUCAGCUACGGCAUGAACCCUGUGGACCUGUUCGAGGCCAAUGACCUGUUUGAGAGUGGGAACAUGACGCAGGUGCAGGUGUCUCUUCUUGCCCUGGCGGGGAAGGCCAAGACUAAGGGGCUGCAGAGCGGGGUGGACAUUGGCGUCAAGUACUCGGAGAAGCAGGAGCGGAAUUUCGACGACGCCACCAUGAAGGCUGGCCAGUGCGUCAUCGGGCUGCAGAUGGGCACCAACAAAUGCGCCAGCCAGUCGGGCAUGACCGCGUACGGCACGAGGAGGCAUCUCUAUGACCCCAAGAACCAUAUCCUGCCCCCCAUGGACCACUCGACCAUCAGCCUCCAGAUGGGCACGAACAAGUGCGCCAGCCAGGUGGGCAUGACGGCUCCCGGGACCCGGCGGCACAUCUAUGAUACCAAGCUGGGAACCGACAAGUGUGACAACUCCUCCAUGUCCCUGCAGAUGGGCUACACGCAGGGCGCCAACCAGAGCGGCCAGGUCUUCGGCCUGGGCCGGCAGAUAUAUGACCCCAAGUACUGCCCGCAAGGCACAGUGGCCGAUGGGGCUCCCUCGGGCACCGGCGACUGCCCGGACCCGGGGGAGGUCCCUGAAUAUCCCCCUUACUACCAGGAGGAGGCCGGCUACUGAGGCUCCCAGCACGCUCUCUCCCCACAUCGUCUCCCCAUCUAGGUUUUUGGGUUUUUCUGUGUUUUCAUCUUUUUUUUUUUUUCUUAACCCGUUCAGUGCUGCCAGUCAACCAAGGGUCUGUGAGUGUCAGCGUGGGAUCAGGCAGCAGAGCUUUUUUCCCCUUUGCCUUGAUCCUUCGCAAGACUGAGCCACUGGGCUGUGGGGGAAGGGGUCAAGGCCAUAUCCCAAUACGUGUAGGGCGAGGGUCCCUGCUGGCACAUUCAGGCUGUGCUGCGAAGAAGAGACCUGGGCUUGGGAGGAACCGGUCCCCGACGGUUUCUGGUUGCCUCGCCUCUUCCCCCUUUUGUCAGCUGAGCAGUUUGUGGUUUCUAUGCCCGCAAGUUUCAGGAAGUAUUCACAAAGGAAAAAUACAUUUUUUUCCCGAGGGGUGGGGCAGGGACAGUGGAGAGGGUGCUAGGAAAUGAGUCCGCUGGGAAAGGGGACCGGGCCGUGAUGUUAAAUAUCUCCGGCUCCCAAGUGACUGGAUUUGCCUAGGACCUUCAGACCAACAGACUUCAGACCCUCAGACCUGCCCCGGGGCCAGGUGGAGAAAGUGAGGGCCGUACAAGGAAGUGAAAUUCUGAGUUGUUGGGGCUAAGCCUGACCCCCUCUCCAUGCUCCCCGCCCCAACUCACUCUGUCCUCAGUAGAUUUUUUUUUCGGUUGUGGUUGUUGCCCAGGCCGGAGUGCAGUGGCGCCAUCUUGGCUCACUGCACCUCCACCUUCCGGGCUCAAGCGAUUCGCCAGCCUCAGCCUCCUGAGUAGCUAGGACUGCAGGUGCUCCACCACGCCCGGCUAAUUUUUGUAUUUUUAGUAGAGACGGGGUUUCCCCAUGUUGGCCAGGCUGGUCUCGAACUCCUGGCCUCAGGUGUGAUCCGCCCGCCUCCGCCUCCCCAAGCGCUGAGAUUACAGGUGUGAGCCACCGUGCCCAGCCCCUCAGUAGGUUUUAAGGAGCCCCCAGCCCUCCUCCCUUCUGGGCCCGACCAGCUUAUACUGCUCCAUCUUCCCCGGCCACAUGCCCCGCCAAGUACUGCACAGGGAACCCCCGCCCAGGGGCCCUGCUCCGUGAGAUAAUGUGAAAUACGACUGUGGACCAAACGCAAUAAAACCUCUGUUUGUACGAAGA